CGUUUGUUUAUUAUUUUGUUAUCACUUUGUAAACAUGUGCGAUUUCUUGAACGAAUUUGAGCUGAAAAGGCCCCCACAGCUCACACUGCCAAUUUUGGUUAAAAAUGCUCCUAAUGUGCGAGGCUUACAGGCUGCCAUAUAUCAAUAUUUCCGGCAGUACCGGCCACAGGAGGCUGAAUUCGCCGAAGCAUCUGCUCUAUUGGGAAGAUUAAUGGCACGCCGAAAAAACUCCUUUCAUGGUAUGAUGGGAUUUCGAGCUGUCGUCAAAUGUAAUACAGCGACGUGCAGAUUACUGCGCAUUGAUCUUCCGCGUGAACUUGAAUUAUUUCAAGGCUCUGUACCUGAUUUCGCACUCAGCUCCUCAGAUACAUUGGAAAUGCCAACACAAAACUGCUUUGACUAUGUAUUAGUACGUAUACUAAAUGUACAAGGAGUUUAUUUACGGAUACGAGAGUGCUGUUUACAAGCAGCAGAGUAUUUUGCGAAAAUGAUACGCAACAACUUCUUUAUGGAUACCUCCACAUUGCUCUUGGCAGUACUAGCUAAGCUUUACAACCUAAGCGCAUUAUUAGGUAAUAAAUGUAUUGAGCUUUAUAAUAAAUUACAACCGAUGCGAAGGAAAUUUCCUGUGACAGCAAAAAGUGUGUGCCAUGGGUUAAGCCUGCCGGAGCAACUAGAACGUUUCUCAGAGAAUCAGCCUUUAGAAAUACAUAAGGCUGAAAACAUAUUUUUAAACGUUGAAACUCCUUCGCUGACAACACCAAAACCUCUUACACCAGUACGCACUUUUAAACCGAUAAAAAGACAAAAGAUCCUAGAUGUAGGUGUAGAAGUAAGCAGAGGGACUGCAUCAUCGCCUCAAUGCGCUUUCAAUGCAGACCUUGAGUUAGUUACAGUAGAAACCACUAAACGUUUCAUUGCAUCUGAAAAUGCGACGCGGAAAGAGUCCUUAAAACAGAGCAUAACUAAAGAUAUAUUGCCUCACGAAUGGAUAGGUGCAACGCGUCUAUUCGAGCGUAAAUUAUUAGCUAAUGAGCACAAGAAAGCUUUGAGUAUUUUCCGAAAAUUUAUUGUAAGCAAAAUUACUUAA